AUGGAAUACCAGGUGGACAGCAGGACACUUAUUGUAGCCGUACGAAAACUCAAACUCCUUCCUUAUGGUUACACUUCAACUUUAAUAUUUUAUUUAAUUGGUGAGUUUUAUCAUACUACUUCAACACGUAUGUUAGAGAAUCUUUUUUGGUAUUGUAUUUUCACUGGUUUUUUAUCUCAAUCAAAGGGAAUUUGCGAUUCUGCUCUCUUCAUCUAUCUAUCGUAA